AAAAAAGAACUGGAUCGUGCGUGGGCGCGUGGGAGUUUCAUGAGAAAUGCCUUCCCCGAUGUUGUGCUGAAGUGAUGCAAGUUUAGUUUCUCACAAGGACAUAAAGGCAGUGUGUGAUUUCAGGUGGAAAAAGGGGGUUAAAGUGAAUUCGGAACCCGCCAAAGCCGUGCGUAAAAGUUGGAUCGUGGGUGAACGAUGUUGCGCUCGUGCGUUUUAGUGCUUGCGGGCGCGUUGGCGGUGAGCGCUCAGUUCCCCAGGGAGUGCGUGACGGUGGAGGGACUCCGGAGCGGGCAGUGCUGCCCCUCGCCGCCGGGGUUCCCGAACGACCCGUGCGGGUUCAGCGCGGGGCGCGGCCAGUGCGUGUCCCUCACGGUGGACGCGCGGCCCCACGGGCCCCAGUACCCGCACGACGGGCGGGACGACCGGGAGCGAUGGCCCGUCCGCUACUUCAACCGCACCUGCCAGUGUAACGGAAACUUCAGCGGGUUCAACUGCGGCCGCUGCAGACACGGGCUGACCGGGCCCAACUGUGACCAGCGCGUCUCCGUGGUGAGGAGAGACGUGAUGCGCCUCAGCGCAGACGAGAAGCGCGCCUUCGUGAGCGCGCUGGACCAGGCCAAGCGCACGGUGCACCCCGACCUGGUGAUUGCCACUCGGCACUACUCGGACGUCUUCGGGCCCGACGGCAACAGCCCGCAGUUCGAAAACGUCACCAUCUACAACUACUUCGUGUGGAGUCACUACUACUCCGUCAGCAAGACCUUCCUGGGCGCGGGACAGGCCAGCUUCGGCGGCGUGGACUUCUCGCACGAAGGGCCUGGCUUUGUGACGUGGCACAGGUACCACCUGCUGCAGCUGGAACGCGACAUGCAGGACAUGUUACAAGACCCGUCCUUCGCCCUGCCCUACUGGAACUUCGCCAUCGGUGGAAGCACGUGCGACAUCUGCACAGACGACCUCAUGGGAGCCCGAAGCACUUUCGACUCCAACUCCCUGAGUUCCAACUCCAUCUUUUCCCAGUGGAGGGUCGUCUGUGAAAGUGUGGAGGACUACGACACGUUGGGGACCAUCUGCAACAGCACGGAGACGUCUCCUAUAAGGCGAAACCCAGCAGGAAACGUCAAUAGGCCGAUGGUGCAGCGGCUCCCGGAGCCCCAGGAUGUGGCGGACUGCCUACAGGUCAACACGUUCGACACGCCGCCGUACUACUCCACCUCUUCGGAGAGUUUCAGGAACACCGUUGAAGGCUACAGCGCCCCCAAAGGAAACUACGACCCCGUGGUGAGGAGCCUCCAUAACCUGGCCCAUUUGUUCCUGAAUGGGACAGGUGGCCAGACUCACCUGUCUCCCAAUGACCCCAUCUUUGUCCUGCUCCACACCUACACUGACGCUAUAUUUGACGAGUGGUUGAGAAGACACGGACCAGACGUAGCUGCAUAUCCUGAUGAAAACGCUCCCAUCGGUCACAACAGAGGCUACAACAUGGUGCCCUUCUGGCCUCCGGUGACAAACUCCGAGAUGUUUGUGACCGCCCCAGAAAACCUCGGUUACUCCUACGAAGCUGAAUGGCCCGGACAACCUUUCACUCUGACGGAAAUCAUAACCAUGGCGAUCGUUGCCGCCCUGGUGGUGGUUGCGGUCCUUUUCGCUGCCACCACAUGUGCCGUGCGUGCCAGGUCUUACAGGAUGGAAGGCCACCAGCCUCUGCUCGGGGACCAGUACCAGCGGUACGACGACGACAAGAGCCAAUCUGUAGUCUGAGAUGUCUCAGUGAACACAAACCUCAAACAUGUGCCUUUUAUGUGUUUAUUUUUACUUUAAAUACCACAGCAGAGAGUAAACCAGUUCAAAUGAUGUCAAAGACUGAAAAAGAAAACGUCUGAAUUUAUUUUCAUGUAAGAGAGCUGUGGCUCCCACAAGGGGGCGUAGUUACUCAAUUUGUGAACCUGUAUAUAAGCAUUCACUAAACCACAUGCUUUUUUUUCUCCUUUUUUUUUUAUAAAGUAUGUCAAUAAACGUGUGCAUCUGAAUUAAAAAAUUAAAAAAUCUGCAAAAUAAAUAUAAGAUGUUUUAACUUGAUUUAGAGAAAAUGUUUUUUAUCAUUUCAAGUGUUUAUUUGGGGAGGUAAUAAAACAACAAAUAUUUUUAUAUGUAUUUUUUCUGUAAAAGAUGUCCAAUUUUCCCCAUCUGAACACUGGGGAGUCAAAAAGUUUUUGUAAAAUGUUCAUAUU